AUGGUAACUUGCAAGAAAUGUAAACAUAGAAUGAAAGCUGACUCUUCUACACAUGGGACCGGCUCCUUGAAUAACCAUUUAAGAAAGUGUCUGAAUCUUAUUCCUAAGGAUUCUGGUCAGUCGACUCUUUCUUUUGAACCUGCUAGGCUGGGAGAAGAUGAAAAGUUAGUUGCUGUAACUUUUUGUCAGGAUUCGUGUAGAAAAGCAUUGAUUAUAUUCAUCAUAGUGGAUGAGCAGCCUUUUAGAAUAGUUGAGGGGGAAGGUUUCCGAGAAUUUUGCAAGUACGAGAAAGUGAGAUUGAAGAAUUAUUUCAAGGUUAAUAAAGUCAGAGUUUGCCUCACCACUGACACAUGGAGCUCACUUCAGAAGUUGGGAUAUAUGGUUAUUACAGCACAUUGGAUAGAUGCUAGCUGGAAGUUGCACAAGAAGAUCAUUAGUUUCAUCCAAAUUGUAGGUCAUAGCGGUGAGACUAUUGGUAGGAUGAUAGGAACAUGCUUGUUAGAUUGGGAGAUCGAAAAUGUGUUUACUAUAACUUUAGAUAACGUUUUUGCCAACGAUGUAGCUAUAACAUAUCUGCAAAACCAAGUACUCAGAAAGAAUUCAGAUUUAGUGAAGGGUUUCUUACAAGUGAGAUGCGCUGCUCACGUCCUUGCCCUUGUUGUAAAGCAUGGAAUGAAGGAGUAUGACAUCUCAAUUAAGAGAAUAAGGGCAGUAGUGAAGUAUUGUAUGAGUUCUCCUGCAAGAUUGAAAAAAUUUAUGGACUGUGUCGCUUACGAGAAGAUUGAAUGCAAGAAGGGUUUGGUCCUAGAUGUAGACACCCGUUGGAAUUCGACAUUUACUAUGUUAGACUCAGCUGAGAAGUAUCAGCCAGCUUUUGAGAGGUUAGAGUAUGAGGACAAGGCAUUCAAGAAGAAGUUCUGUUUUGUUGAAAGUCAAAUUCCUUUAGUUUCUUCUACUUCUAGUACUUCCACCGUUGAUAACCAACCUGACUGGGAUGUGGAUGAAAACCAAGAUGCAGACUUAAGUUCUGAUGAAGAAGUUAUUGCUACUUCAAAGAGAGGAAAGAAACGCAAGAGAACAAGUUCUGAUAAGGCCCCAUCAGCACCUCCUUUGCACGCGCCAUACCCAUCAGAUUGGUCGUAUGCUAGAGCCUUCGCGAAGUUUUUGAAGGUAUUUUUUGAUUUUACUGUCAAGUUCUCUUCUUCUACUCAUGUUACUGCACACGAAUUCUUGUUUCAUGUGAGUGUUAUUCAUCGAACUUUAAACACAUGGGCAAAUCACAAAGAUACAUUUCUUUCUAGCAUGGGUCUUAAAAUGCAAAGUAAAUAUAACGAGUAUUGGGGACGUUAUGAAAAGAUGAACAAUCUUAUGUUUAUUGUUGUAUUAUUGAAUCCACAAGAUAAAGAAUUAGGAUUGAAGUUUCUUCUUGGCCAGUUAGGAAUUGGUGGUGGUUAUUUGAGAACAGAACUAAUGGAUCUUGUAAUGAGGGACUUUAAGGCACUUUUUGAAGAAUACUGGGAUGUCCAAAUGAGUGCUGGAAACUCAACAGUUGUAACAGAUAGUAGUGGUGGUAAUACUGUUGGCGCUGAACCAGAUGAUGAAGGAGAUUGUGCUGCAGCCGCCCUUAUGGCAGAGAGAGCAAGAGAAGAAGAGGAAAGUUUUGAUGAUGAAGGAAAAAAUGAGCUGGAGACUUAUUUGAGAGAGAAACGAGAACCGCGGAAAGAGAAAGUUUCUUUUGAUAUCUUAGCACUGGGAGGCGUAUUCUCGAUCCAUGUCGAAGUUCUUUACUUCCCACAACAGUUGAGGCAUUGA